AGUCUUGUUUACCAUUGCGCGAGACUUUGCGAGAUAAAGUCGUAACUCUCGAUUACAUCGGCGUGUCGAAUGAGAAUGCUGGGUCAUGUCGCUAAGAGCAUGUAUGUACUCGGUGGUGCCUCAUGUUCCCUUCUUUUACUUGGAAAAGGAAACUCCAUACACAGAGUCGCGCCUAGUUUUUUUCAUCUUCUUCUUACUUUGCCAAGACAUCGAUUUCUCCCUUACACCACGAUCGUAAUAUCGUAGCGCAUUCCGUUGACCUUGAUUAUCAAUAAGGAAAAAUCGAUAUGUACAAUUGGAGAGGUACGCGAAUUCCCUCGGGAAAAACUCGAUCUUUCGGCUGUAUGUCAUGACGUCGUCCGUUCGACCGAAUGGAAUAGCAUCAAAAGCUGCAGCGGACACUGGCGGCCAAGAUACUACUUUGUACGAGACACGAGAAAAACGAUCAUAAGAAACGAAACACGAGAUUCUUGUCGAGAUCAGGGCCGUACUGCUUCACUGCGAAAUCAGUCUCCUGCAAAGAGAUCGAAUUUAAUUCGUCUCAUCCGACACUUUGGGCCGGAUCGGUAAAACUCUCGACGCAAAUUCUCGACCAGAUAUAGGACGACUCGCAACAUUUGAUCGGCGAGUCUCUCGAUAGUGUUCGCGUGUGUACCGUCUGGGGUUUCCACGCGCCAGGUACGCACCUGAGCCUGUGUGUGACGCGCGGCGGCGACCAAUGAAUCGCCGCGGCUGUGCGGCGAUUGCGCGAUGGAUAGCGCGCAGUAGCGAAAACGUGCGGUCCGGCAACGCGUCCGUCCGCAUCACGGGCGCGGCGAAUCGGGCGGGCUGAGCGAUCAUGUAAAGCCGCGCGGUGAAGCGCCGCUGUGAUUCCUCGGGACCGCGGCGGUCCUCGUGCGAGCGAGGGUCGCGUCGAUACGCUCCGUCACCCGCACCAGCUGCAUCGUCUGCACGCGCGAAUCCGAGCUCCCUGCGCGCUAUCGUUCUUACAUCGUACGUACGUACACGCACACAUACACACACACGCACGCACGCGCGCGCGCGUGCGCGCGCCACCACAUACACACCACACAUAACACGCACACAUCCGUGCGUGCAUAAAUGCACGUACGCGCACACUGUGACGUGUUAACGACGGAACGUGAGAGACGUUUCUCGACGUGGACGGUCGUACCGUGUACCGCGUUACCGCGAGAUGCGUCUCGGUUGACCGAGCGAGCUCGGUCGGAAAGUGACAGAGAGUGACACAGAGUGACACGUCCAGCAAGACAACGAUAACGCUGACAAGUGCAUCGUGGAAGAGCGAGAGGGGAUGGAGAACGCCAUGCAGCCGCUGCUUCCCCCGCCACCCCCGCCCCCUGAAAUGCCAGAGAGCAGCAGCGCAGAGCAGACGGUUACCCAUGUCCUGACAUUCGUGAAUCUGGCCGAACCAGAGGGUAGGAACCAGAGGGUGGAUAUGACGCACUUUGAUCUGCUCAAAGUUCUUGGUACUGGAGCUUACGGCAAGGUUUUCCUGGUGCGAAAGAGGACGGGUAAUGACGCUGGCAAGCUUUACGCCAUGAAAGUCCUGAAGAAGGCUGCCAUCGUGCAGAAGAAAAAAACGACCGAGCAUACAAAGACGGAGAGACAAGUUCUGGAGGCCGUCAGGGACAGUCCCUUCCUAGUGACCUUACACUACGCAUUUCAGACUGACGCGAAACUUCACCUAAUUUUAGAUUAUGUGAACGGCGGUGAAUUGUUUACGCAUUUGUACCUUCGUGAACAGUUUCCGGAAAAUGAAGUGCGCAUUUAUGUUGGCGAAAUUAUUUUGGCGCUGGAACAUCUUCACAAGCUCGGCAUCAUCUAUCGAGACAUCAAGCUGGAGAACAUAUUGCUCGAUCGAGAAGGACACAUUGUACUGACAGACUUUGGGCUCAGUAAGGAGUUUCUGCCGCAUGAAAGGAACGGCAAUGCACGAGCUUACUCGUUUUGCGGAACUAUCGAAUAUAUGGCACCGGAAGUAGUGCGAGGAGGCAUAGCCGGUCACGAUAUCGCUGUCGAUUGGUGGAGCGUAGGCGUGCUAACGUACGAGCUACUGACGGGUUCGUCGCCUUUCACGGUGGAAGGCGAGAGCAACUCGCAGCAGGAAAUCUCGAGGAGGAUAUUGAAGACGGAGCCGCCGAUGCCGGACUACCUGAGUCCGACGGUACGUGACUUUAUCAACCGUUUGCUCGUCAAGGACCCACGACGAAGACUGGGCGGUGGACCACAGGACGCCAACGAGUUGAAGGAGCAUCCUUUCUUUAAGAAUGCGCCGCUACCCUUCAGCUGGGAAGCGCUGGAGAAGAGGCAGAUUAAGCCGCCCUUCGUUCCUCGUAUCCAACACGAAUUGGAUACCAGUAAUUUUUCGGACGAGUUCACAAAAAUGGCCGUCGCCUACAGCCCGGCGGUUGUUCCGCCUAAUCACGACAAGAUUUUCAGGGGUUAUUCGUACGUGGCACCUUCGACAAGAUUCGCCGAC